GAAAAAAAUAAUUUUUGCAUGCGCUGAGGGUCAGCGUCGCCGUUCCUCGCCGAUAAUCAAGGGGAGGAAGCGCUGAGAACAGCCGUGCUGCCAUUGGCUUCCUACUAGCACUCGGCUAAAAGCUCGCUCGUUAGCACGACAACAAGUGUGUAUACUGAAUGGGUCACUGAGGCGUGGUGCAGUGGAAAAGUCGAUGUGUGCAGUUUGAGUAUGGAUGGGCAGAAUCAGAGGAUACAGCUUGUGUCAGCAGAUAACACCAUGUCAAUGGGCCGAAUUCAGAUUGUAACCGAUCCACAGACUGGCCAAAAGCUCCAGAUUGUCACCUCCGUUGAGCCCGUGUCUCCUGGAAAGCAGCAGUUUAUCCUCGCGAAUGCGGACUAUUCCUCUUCCAGUGGCAAGGUGAUCCUGGCCAAGCAGGAAGGGUCCCCCAACAAGGUCAUCCUCACCACUCCGGACAGCUCCAGGGUUAACCAGCUGCUAUUUGCCUCUCCCGAUCUGUCUGGGUCGCAGAUUCAGUUUGUAACCGAGGACCAGUCUAUUGCCAAGCCAAUAGUUGAGUACUGUGUUGUCUGCGGAGACAAGGCCUCAGGGCGCCAUUAUGGUGCAAUCAGCUGCGAGGGCUGCAAGGGUUUCUUUAAACGCAGCAUCAGAAAGAACCUUUUGUACACCUGCAGGGGCUCGGGCGAGUGCGCCAUCAACAAAAUCCACCGAAACCGGUGCCAGUUCUGUCGACUGCAGCGCUGUAUUGCUGUCGGCAUGAAACAGGACUCUGUGCAGUGCGAGAGGAAACCGAUGGAUGCGCCCAACCGGGAGAAGCCUGUCAACUGUGCUGCCUCCACAGAGAAGAUCUACAUUCGCAAAAACCUGUGCAGCCCACUGGCUGCCACACCCACCUUUGUGUGUGAUAAAGAGACUUCCAGGUCUACACAUUUGCUGGAGUCAAGCAUGUUGCUCAACAUCCAGCAACCAUUCUCUAAGCUGGAAAAUACCAUCUUGAUCCCAGCAUCACCAGAAAAGCACAACGACCCAUCUCAAAGUGACCUUGGCACUCUGGCCAACGUGGUGACCUCCCUCGCCCACCUCAACAAGGCAAGAGAGACAAGUGACAGUACAGGCGAGCUAGUUGGUGUCGAAACACUCAGCAACGGCGACAGCUCCAUGACAGACAUGCAGGAUGACGAGCAAAGCGAUAUCACUAGAGCCUUUGACACUCUGGCCAAAGUCCUUCACUCUGGCGACGGCUCUUCACCGACCAACCUAGAGGCCACCAUGCAGCUGAUGUCGGGCGACCAGUCCGGCCCAGUGUUAGAGCUUGAGGGCUCACUGCUCUCAGAUAGCCAUAUUCCAUUCAAACUUAUGAUGCCUGUACCUGUGCCAGAGUACCUCAAUGUCAACUACAUCUGCGAGUCAGCCUCACGACUUCUUUUUCUCUCUAUGCAUUGGGCACGCUCCAUACCUGCCUUCCAAGCAUUGAGCGGUCAAGAGGACAACGACAUUAACCUGAUGAAAGCCUGUUGGAACGAGCUGUUUGCUUUGGGUCUGGCCCAAUGUUCCAAUGUUAUGAACGUCGGAACCAUUUUAAGUGCUAUCAUCAGCCAUCUACAGACUAGUUUGCAGGAAGAGAAACUCUCCCAAGACCGGGUUAAACUGGUGAUGGAGCACAUCUGGCGAUUGCAGGAGUUCUGUAACAGCAUGACUAAGCUGUCUCCCGAUGCUUACGAAUAUGCCUUCCUUAAAGCCAUUGUUCUCUUCAGUCCUGAUCAUCCUGGCAUAGACAAUAUUCUGCAAAUAGAGAGGUUCCAAGAGAAGGCUUACAUGGAGUUGCAGGACUACGUGACGAGAACGUAUCCAGAAGAUACCUACCGUUUGUCCAAGCUGCUUCUGCGACUUCCUGCUCUACGACUGAUCAGUGCGGCAGUCACCGAGGAGCUCUUUUUCGCCGGCCUGAUUGGCAAUGUGCAGAUCGACAGCAUUAUUCCGUACAUACUCAAAAUGGACUCCACUGACUACAACAGCCAGUCACUCGCUGGAGUUUGACCCUCUUAAGACCCCAUCCUAUCUUCUCUUUAGCGUUUAGAAAUACUGGACUGUUUCAGCCAGCAUCCGGCCACUGCGUGGUUACGGCAUCAUCUAUUUAUGGAACCCUUUCAGGUGGGUCAGCAGAGAAGACUCUUUUGAAGUCAAGAGUCCAGUGGGUAUUCAAGGAGCGGGCCAAAAUGUGCACAAUCAGGAAUUAACCGUUGCUCAAGUAGAGGGUGCAUUUUACUGUACAUAAACUACUAUUUCAUGCUUCGUCGCCUUAAGGCAUUUCAGUAAAAUUGUUAGCAAAAAUGAUCAACUGAGACCCAUUUCCUAUUCACCACUCGCAAAAAGAUUGGAAUUUUAAGAGUGAAUGUUUCAGUACUUUUAAUUUAUAUGCAACAAUAGUUGUUUGAACUUGCACUUCUUUACCUAUCUGUGACUCUUCCAUUCUGUGUCAUCACUUGCGAGGCUACAAACAGUAGUGUCAUCAACAGUUUGCAGCGAAUAUGCUCCUAUCAUAGGUAAAAAAAAAUAUUUUUGUUUCAUCCUGAAAUUUUAGCCCAACACACAAGAUUCCAAACUUUUUGUGAGUAGUGUACAAUCAUGCUUUUUUUUUUUUUUUUUUUGUUAAAUAAAAAAUGUCCUUAUGACUUUGUGACUCUUGUUAAAGGUUAUAACCUUUUUUAAAAAUUGUUAUUAUUGUGAAUUUGUUUGCCCAUCCAAAGGAUAGGACCAACAGUUCUGUCACUGUGUGUAAAUAGAACUGUGGAGCGAGUUUACCAAGGAAAAUUUGGUGGAGAACUCUGAGAUGAUCACAUACUGUCUUUUGGACAAAAAAAUAUAUCUAUUAUGGUCUUGUCAUUUGGAAAUAAAAACAAGUCUCCAUUGUAUUUUUAUGACUAGUAUGUAUUGCCACGCGGACUAUGGAGUAAGGAUCGUUGGGCCUGUAACAUUAUUGUAAUGUAAUUUUGUUUUAGCCUCGCAAACUGUUCAGUUUUAUAUACUGUAAAUAGUAAAUGGUCAUAACUGACUGCAAGAAAUGCACUACUGACGAAAGGCGUGACAACACGGAGAAAUUUGAGGUACUCUGUUGCCAUAGGGACUGAAAAAAAUCAUAACCGUAAAUAACAAGUAGCCGGCAAGAGAAAAAUUGGGAGGGCAGUAAUCUCUUAUUAAGUCUGACAAAAAAAUGAUCAAAGGAAAUAUGCCCCCAAAUGUGACAAAACCACCAAAAAUCAGGCAAGGGUCAAAUAUUUUAAUAAUUAUCUUUAAACCAAUUAAUUGGAAAAGAUAUUUCAAGAAGAAUUUAAUUCUUGGUUUUAAUCAGAAAUGAAAGUAUUCAAACUCAACCAAAUAACUGUACAACCACAUAUUGAUUGUUCCUUAGCAUUCAUUUUGAAAAAUGGCUCAAAUUUAAUAUUUUCUGUUGAUAGGCUGCGUUUUAUUUGAUUUCCAGUUAGUUGUCAAUUGAUUUAUUUGUGGCUAUUGUACAGAUUCUGCUUACGUUGUUGCCAUAGGAAUGAAACUCCAAAGAGGAGUAAAAAAAAUUACAGUACUGACAAAAAUUACAAAUAUUGAAGAGAAAAAAGAUAAAAAAAACAAAAGAACAAAAAAAUUAGAAGAAAAAAAUAUAACAUUAUUAUAAUAAUGUGUAAUUUUAAUCAAAAAAAUAAACAAGCACAAUCUCAAAAAUGUGCGUUGUCUUGACACUUUGCUGUGACGUGUUUUAGACGCGUGAUCGUUAGCGCUUUGUUAUGACCAGAGGUGAGCAGUAACGAGUUACAUUUACUGGAGUAACUUGAGACAAAUAUACUUCUAAGAGUAGUUUUACUAAGCCAUAUGUUUUACUUUUAAUUGAGUAGACUUGUGAAGAAAAAAAGUGCUACUCUUACUCCGCUACUUUGGGCUACACUAGUCAUUACAUUUGUCCUCUUUAUUCUACAUAUUAGAUUUAACUUUGUUUUUUUUUUUAUUUUGUUUUGCCACAGAUGCCAACAGCGGGCCCAGUUUCACCAAUGAGGUGUCGAAACAAUAAUCACAUGACUCGAUUAUACCAAUCACACUCAAGCUUGCCGUUCUAUGAUCACGCAGGCCUGUUUAAUCACGUGGCAUCUUCACGCACAUAUUUGACAUAGGCUAGGUUCAUAGCGCAGGUCUUAAUACACAAUUCCAAUUUUUUUGUCAAUGUUUUUUUUUUUUUUUUUUGUGUGUGCCCGUUCAGACUGCCUUUGUCCAUUUAGCCCGUUCAAGGAUCACGCAUGUGCACUAAAAUGCGCGCUAAUUCGAUGUGCUGUGCAAACUUCCCUGCAUGGUCAGGAGCAUCAAAAUAAAUGCUGGCUCAAUGCCAUUCUUGGGUGAUCAUAUUUUUAUUUCCAAAAAGAGGACCCACAUAUCUGACAUAAAUAAUCCCUGUUUAGUCUUGUAUCCAAAGUUAUAUAUGGAUUGAUAGCAUGCGUGCACUGUGCUUGCGUUACACACAUAUAUACGGACAGUUUGCCCGGACUCUCGGCCUUGUAAACUAUCUGUAAUACUGCUCAUUUGUAGCACGGAUCCACCCCGCCCCCAAAUUUUUGUAUGACUGUCGUAAAGCUCACCUCUUCCCGAAAAGCCACGUUCAAGCUAUGCGCUAACGCUAAUGCACAGCUCCACCGCUAAUGCACAGCUCCACCGCUAACUUAGCACCCUGUCUCUCUUGCUCUUUGCUGACGUAAUUGCUGCAUGAAUUCCGAUUUGGGGGACUUGACAGUUCAGAACGCAGCCACAUUCUGGAAAAGUGUGGCCCAGAUUGGAUUUUAACCACCUACGAAAGUGACCUACAUUGGAUUUGAAAAGGUCCACUUUUAUGCGACCUUUCCCGUUCAGACCGUCAAGUUAAUGCCUGACUCGAAUCGGAAAAACACGAAAAAAUCAGAUUUGUGCAUAAAGAACUGCGCUAUGAACCUAGCCAUAGAGCACCGCUGUCAACAUGAUUCGAAAGCGCAGAUUUUAACCUCUAAGUUUUUAUUUGGCAACGUUUGAACACGAAAAACUGGAUAUGAUCCUUUUAAUUUCAUGUCAGGAAAUGUUUUAUCCACCAGAGGGCACUCAUGCUCUUUGGACGAAUAACGCUUUUUUUCUGUAGAUUUUUUUUUCUCACACCCGAAUUCAAUGAUUAAAAAUAUAUAUAUAUAUAUAUUUGGCUUAAUGUGGUUAUGUAAUGUGUUAUUUUACAGUAUAACAAUCACAGAGAAAAAAUACAGUAUAACAAUCACAGAGAAAAUUUGUUAAAAAAAAA